UCUGUUUAUAUGCGGUAUGGUGAUAUGAUCAUACUAUUCUAUAUAGUCCAGCUAUAUCAUCAUGUUCUUCACGACUGAUCCUAGACUCAUCUUAAAGAACAACGUCAGCUUAUAUUUUAUUUGAUAAGAAUAUUGGGAGCAACAUGGAAAGCAUCGAGUGGACAGACAUGGCGCAAGAGAGAUCAGCGGCUGAUGAACAGAUGAAUAAUAUAGGACGUGGCCAGGGCCAGGGAGACGCCAAUUCCAAGAUUCCAGCAGAUGAUUCAUUCCAGAAGUAUAACUUCGCAAAUCAUAGUACUCAGUUUUUGUGUGCUAUGUGCUGCAAAAAUCUCCUACCUAUUAUCUUCCAGCGAAAAGCCAUCAAUGAUGAUCUGUUUCCUAUAUUAUAUUGUUGUUGUUGUUGCGGACGGGCUAGCAACUACGGAUCUUUCAUGCCGAAUAUACAAGCAGAUCAGAUUAAGGAAGCCCGUGAUCGUCAUUGUCGAGUGGCGCCGAGCGCACCGAGAGAUAUUCUCAGUGGGUAUCUUGUCGACCAUUUCGCUGGUGAUUUGGUAUUCCUGAUAAAGAAAUCUAACCUGGUAACAAAAUCCGACUACGAGGCGACUCUGCAGUCGAUUCUGAAUCACGUCCAUUUUGACAAAUUGAAAGUGUCUGUUGACCAGAUCCGCUUAUUAUUUAACGAAAACGAACGCACAUUGAUAUACACCAUUAUUGAUGCGUGGCGAAUCGGACUUGAACACCCUCAAGCAGCUAAGCGGAAAGGAGGAACCGCUAAAGAAUGA